AUGUGUGGGUACACUUCGGCGGAAAAUCUACUGAGGCUCCAAAGAUGUCUGAGAGGAGAUGCAAGGAAGGCGGUGAAUAGUUUUCUACUUCAUCCAUCAAACGUGGAGGAGAUUUUAUCAACGCUUCGCACUCUGUAUGGUCGUCCGGACGCUAUCAUCGGUUCGCUGCUAAAUGAAGUCAGGAACACUCCAGCGCCGAAGCUGGAAACAUUGGUCAACUUCGGAUUAGUAGUGUGCAAUCUUUGUGCGCACAUAAUCGCAUCUGGACAGCACAUGCAUUUGGAAAAUCCGAUUCUUCUACAGGAACUAGUGGACAAGCUGCCAGCAAACGUUAAACUGGGAUGGGCACUACAUAAGCAAACGAUUGUGGAAGCAGAUCUUCGCAGCUUUUCUGACUACAUGAGCUUAAUCAUCAAUGCGGCAAGUAGCGUCUCUAGCGGAUUGGGAGAGAUUCCCAAACCGGAUCGGCAGAAAGGAAAAGCGUUUGUCAACUCCGUACGCGCUGAAGUAGAAGCAGCAGGUAGCUGUAACAAAAGGACGAGCGACUCACAGCCGACAAUCAGUCCGAAAGUUCGGCCGUGCGCUGUGUGCAAAAUGGACGGUCAUAAGCCCAAGGAAUGUCCCACUUUCAAAGCAAAAAACAUCAACGAUCGAUGGAAGACAGUUCAAGAAGCUCAACUGUGCAAGCGAUGCUUGUAUUCCCACGGCAAGUGGCCAUGCAAAGCUCCUCCAUGCGGAACAGAUGGAUGUAAGGAAAACCACCAUAGAUUUCUACACCCUGGAUAUCCGCGACCUGGCACCAAUGUGGGAAAUGCAGCUUCUUCGUCAUCAAACACUGGAGUCGUAACAGUUCAUCAACAUUCUCAUCAGAAGGUUUUAUUCCGUAUUAUUCCGGUUUCUCUUCAUGCGAAUGGGAAAACAGCAGAAACCUUUGCUUUCUUAGAUGGGGGCUCCGACUCAACCCUGGUGGAAAGUUCUAUAGCUUCUGAGCUUGGCAUUACUGGGCCGACGGUUCCACUCUGUAUGCAGUGGACAAAUGGAGUAACACGGACAGAAGAAGAUUCUAAACGAGUUCAAAUGGAGAUAUCUGGAAAUAAUUCCAUGCGCUAUUCUUUGAGUGGCGUUCACACAGUCUCAACCCUAGACCUUCCUCGGCAGACGCUGGAUUUCGACGAGCUUCAAUCCAAAUUUCGUCAUCUGAAAGGGCUGCCUGUAUCAAGCUACAAAGACGCAAUCCCGAGAAUACUCAUCGGUCUGGACAACACUAAACUGAAAACAACUCUGAAGCUUCGGGAAAGUGGUGGCGACGAGCCAGUCGCAGCAAGAACACGGUUGGGUUGGACUGUAUUCGGGAAGUCAGGAGGAACUGAAAUUGCAUUAUCACAUCGAGUUUUACACGUGUGUCAUCAACCAACAGAUGCAGAUCUCCACGAAUUGGUGAAAUCUUUUUUUGCGAUCGAGGGAGCAGGUGUUGAGGCAAAUGCAAUCAUCGAAUCAAAAACAGAGAAACGAGCUCGAGAAAUCUUGGAAGCAACUACGGUGCGUAUGAAAUCUGGAAAGUUCCAAACAGGCCUUUUAUGGAGAUACGACAGAGUAGCGUUUCCUGAUAGCAAACCGAUGGCGGAGAAACGACUGCGAUGCCUCGAGAAUCGGCUAUCCAAAAACCCGGAAUUGUACGAAAAGGUGCGGCAACAGAUGAUCGAUUAUGUCGAAAAAGGUUAUGCUCAUAAGGCCACCAUGAAUGAAUUGAAGCAAACUGUCCCAUGGCAGGUGUGGUAUUUACCGCUAAGCGUAGUCCACAACUCCAAAAAGCCUGACAAGGUGCGUAUUGUAUGGGACGCCGCGGCUUCAGUGAAAGGAAUUUCGCUGAACUCAGUUCUUCUCAAAGGGCCAGAUAUGCUGCAGUCCCUACCAACAGUCCUAUGCCGAUUCCGUCAAAGAGAGGUGGCCAUUAACGCGGACAUCAAGGAAAUGUUCCACCAGGUGUUCAUCCGUACAGAAGAUCGACAAGCUCAACGUUUCCUCUGGCGAAACAACCCGACGGAACCGAUGCAGGUAUUCGUCAUGGAUGUCGCCAUAUUCGGCGCAACAUGUUCGCCGUGCUCUGCACAGUUUGCAAAAAACAUCAACGCGAGUGAACACGCAACUGAGUACCCAAGGGCGGCCACUGCAGUCGUUGAUAACCAUUAUGUCGACGACUACCUGGAUAGCGUCGAUACGGUCGAGGAAGCGACACGGCUGGCAAAGGAGGUGAAGUUAAUUCAUCAACAUGGAGGAUUUGAACUCCGUCACUGGCUCUCCAACCGGAAGGAAGUGUUGGAAAAAAAAUUGGCGAGCAACCUUCGUAAGCGACAAAAAACUUUGUUACGGGUAAGGACUGCGGUGCAGAACAAGUUUGGGGCAUGA